GAACAACAUUAAAUAUGUUAAAAAGAAAAAAAUAAGAGCAAGUGGGCUGGGUUAUACGAAAGUGAAGCUGUGAUGUUGCUAGAUUAGUUGAAUGUGUUAAGACCUGACAGUCAUCCAUUCGGAGCAGUUGCCAAAUAUCGUUCUCCACAGGUGUUCACCAAGGUUAGUUAAUACCUAUUUCUUUACUACCCACAAGGGGUUAAACAAAGAGGGGACAGACAAACGGAUUAAGUCGAUUACAUCGACCCCAGUGCGUAACUGGUACUUAAUUUAUCGACCCCGAAAGGGUGAAAGGCAAAGUCGACCUCGGCGGAAUUUGAAAGAGUAUCUGGUGACAUUGAGAUGGGAAUUUAUCACCCCAAGAUGCCACAGUGAACUUAUGAAAUGAUCAAGAACAUAUGUGAUGCUGUUUUUAAAACCUUGACUGUGAAAUAUUUUCAGUGAAUUAUAAAUGGAAAGAUUUCCUACCUUGACUGGAGAUAAUUUGUGUGACUUGAGAAAUUUUCUCUAAAUAUUCAGUUGGAUUGCAUCUGAGGCAAAAUGGUCUUUGGAUAUUCUUGGGUGGUUUGUUCAUAUCCUGCUGUUGGCAUUUCAUUGUGUGAAUAGUUAGAGAACUUGUAUUAGGUAUUCAUUAGUAAUAUAUUUCAUGUCCCAGGUUGUAAUUUAUGUCUGUCCUCUUAUCACACUAGAAACAGCACCUAGUCACAUGUCCUUUACUAACAUGGAAGAGCCUAAUGUGUUUGUUUUUGAAGUUUCAUUUAUAAAGUUUGAUAGCUGGAGAUUAGUUACUCUUUAUUUGCUUUCUGAUUAUUACAAUAUUAAACCCAGCAGAGGAAUCUAGCUUGUGUUUCCUUAUGGCUGCACCAACACCAAAUUUUGCCAAUAUUUUACAAAUUUUUGCAAGUUUUACUUUUUAAGAAAAUAGGAUUUAAUACAUGUCAUUUGUUAGAAAUUUUUAAUGUGAACCAACAAAUAAGUCAUUUGUAGUCUAUUUUAUAGACUACAGUGGAAAUUAUGGCAAAUAAGCUAUGUAAAAGCCAUGUUCACAAAGAAACUAAAUAUAAGAAUAAAGAUUUAUUUUGUGACACCUUGAAAGAUUCAAAAGAGAGACCAUACCCAUGUGGUAUCUGUGGGAAGAUGUUCAUAAAAAGCAGUCACCUUACUGAACACAAACGUACUCACACUGGAGAGAAACCAUACUGCUGUGACAUUUGUGCAAAGACAUUUGCAAGAGUUAGUAACUUAAUUCAACAUAAACUAAUUCACACAGGCUCAAAACCUUAUCCUUGUGAAAUCUGUGGUAAAAGAUUUACUACAAAUAAUUCAUUGAACUCUCAUAGACGUAUUCACACAGGAGAGAAACCAUACCACUGUGAUAUCUGUGGUAAAACCUUCACAUCAAAUAGUACACUGUAUUCUCAUAAACGUAUUCACACUGGUGAAGAACCAUUUCAUUGUGAUAUCUGUGGCAAAACAUUCUCUGCAAGUGGAAAUUUGACAGCUCAUAAACGUACUCACACUGGAGAGAGACCAUGUUCUUGUGAUAUUUGUGGCAAAAAAUUCACUUGCAAUGGUGAACUAGCUCGUCACAAACGAAAACACACUGGAGACAAGCCAUAUCAUUGUGAUAUCUGUAACAAAAGAUUCUCUCAGAGUAGUAAUUUAUACAGUCAUGAGAGGAUACACACAGGGGACCGGCCAUACCACUGUGGUAUCUGUGGUAAAACAUUCUCUGUGAGUGGUAGUUUAUCUCGCCAUAAACGUAUCCACACUGGUGACAGGCCCUACUACUGUGAUAUCUGUGGUAAAACAUUCACCGCAAGCGGUAGCUUAUCUAGUCAUAAACGUAUUCACACUGGAGAAAAACCAUACCAUUGUGAUGUUUGUGGGGAAACGUUCUCUCGAAAGAAUGCAUUAACUUGUCACCAACACCUCCAUACAGGUAAGAAACCACAUUGCUGUGAUAUCUGUGGUAAAACAUUCUCUCUUACUAAUCAGUUAACUCGUCACAAACAAACCCAUGCUGGAAAGGGUGAGCAUCACUGUGAUAUCUGUGGCAAAACGUUUUCAAUGAAUGCUCAUUUAUUUCGUCACAGUCGCGUUCACACUGGAGAGAAACCAUAUCACUGUGAUAUUUGUGGUAAAACAUUUGCUCAGAAUGGUGAGUUAUCCAGCCAUAUACGUGUACACACAGGAGACAGACCAUACCACUGCGAUAUUUGUGGUAAAACAUUCUCUAAGAGUGGUAGUUUAAUUUGUCACAAACGUAUUCAUACAGGAGAAAAACCAUACCAUUGUGAUAUCUGCAAUAAAGCAUUUUCCAUAAGUAGUGAACUAUCUUGUCAUAAACGUAUUCACACAGGAGAUAGACCAUAUCAUUGUGAUGUUUGUGGUAAAACAUUCUCUCAGAGGGGUAAUCUGUCUUGUCAUAAACGUGUACACACAGGAGAUAGACCAUACCAAUGUAAUGUUUGUAGUAAAACAUUCUCUCAGAAUGUUCACUUAUCUAGUCAUAAAUGGAAACACACUCGUGAUAGACCAUACCAUUGUGAUAUCUGUGGAAAAUCAUUUUCUCAAAAAGGUAAUUUAACUACUCACACACAAAUGCAUACCUGAAGACAAACUUUACUGCAAAGAUACAUGUCAUAAAAAUACCUUCAGUAAUAACACUGUCUGACAGAUUGCUAUGGAGGACAUUCUUGCCAUUUCAGUUGUGUUUUCAAGGCAACCACUGGGUAUUUCAUAAAUGAAACAGCUAAGUCUUCUAGCUAUAAAGUGCAAAGAAGUUAGUGAGUAGAUUGAUACCUUUAAUAUCCUGGUCUCUUUUCUUUCCAUGGAACAUUACUAGAAAAGACCAUUGCCACAAAUAUAG